AUGCUGUUGAUCAAUAUUCCACACUUUAUCAUGUCUGUUUGGGAGCAAUUGAAGACAGAAGAGGGACAAACAUACUACUAUAAUAAAGAGACACUGGAAACAAGCUGGACCUUACCAGAGGGGGAAGAAGCCAGUGUUGUUACCUCAGGUUGGCAAGAGUACAUCACAGAUGAUGGGAAAACGUAUUAUUACAAUGAGUCAACAGGGGAAACUACUUGGGAUAAGCCAGAAGAGUUAGAAGUGGAUGUCACACUGAAUGAAAAAGAGGAAGAAGAAGAAGAAGAAGAUGCGAUUGACCAAGCUCUCAAGCAUCAACCAGUAGAACUACCUACUAGUAUGAGUUCUACCGAUAUUUCGGAAGAGGAUGAACAGGCGUUUAUUCAGUUUUUGAAGGACAAAAAUGUCGACUCGACCUGGUCUUUUCAAACAGUUAUGCAGAAAUUGGUUAGCAAGCCUGAAUAUUGGUCCGUUCACAACCCAAUCAAAAGAAAGUCCUUAUACGAGAAGUACCUUGUUCAAAGAUUUGAAGAUGAAAUCAAAAACAAGACAGAUGUAAUUGAGCGGUUUAAGAUAAAUUUUAUCAAAGAAUUGGAAAAGUUGAGAAAUGAGGGUGAACUUGAUUAUAGAACUAGAUGGAUAAGUCUACGAAAAAAAUUCGUGGAGGAAGAGAACCCCAUUUUCAAGCAUUCAAUGUUGCCGGAUCUAGAUUUGGCCAAGAUGUUUUACAAGUACACAGCUGAGUUGAAAAAAGAACACGAAUAUGAAGAUCAGAAACUAAAGCAUCAAGCAACCGAUGAGCUCUACAAUUAUCUCCACCUGAUCAACAAUGCAUUAGUUCAGAAAACAUCUAAUUUUCAAGAGCUUUACGCUAAUUUAAUAGAAGACCCGCGUUUCAAACAAAAUAAACACUUCAGACACUUGAAGGAAUUGGAUAUACUAAAUUUAUACGAAUUUAAACUUUACCCUGAAUUGGUAGAGGGUCUAAAGAAGCAAAUAAAGAUACAAGAAAAGGUGAAUUAUCGAAGUGAUCGCAAAGCACGCCAAAAUUACCGAUCCUUACUAGCUACACUAACCUUGGAUGCGAAGACCAAAUUCAGCGAUAUUUUCAGCACUAUAGAAAAUGAAGAUGCGUUCAUCGAGUUGUGUGGCAGAAACGGAUCAUCACCAUUAGAGUUGUUCUGGGACAUUAUUGAUGAAAAGAAACAGGAGAUGAAGCUACGAAAGGAUUUAGUCGAAGCAGUGAUCAAUGAUUUGCAAAAAAAAGGAGAACUUGGCCAGAGUAUAUGGGCCACCAAGGAUUCAUUCGUGGAUAAGCUCAAGCAGGUUAAAGACGAUAGAUUACUACAGUUUAAUUUGAAGGAGGAAAGAACUAACAAUGAAAUUUUUGAUAUAUACCAAACAUUGAAAGAUGAACGUGAAUUGAAGGAGAGAAUAAUCAAAAAGAGAGGUAUUUCGGAAAUUGAUAUAGGUUCUGCUGCCGGCCCAGCAAAGAAGAUGAAGAAACAGGUGAAAAAGAUGAACUAUUGA